GUUCACCCACCGCUCCACGGGUAUUUGUCAGUAAAUGGAUGGACUAUUCGAAUAAAUAUGGGUUAGGAUAUCAAUUGACAGAUGGGUCGGUUGGUGUUUAUUUUAAUGACAAGACUACCUUGGUAAUGUCACCCGACGGAAUACAUUUCGAAUAUGUCUAUAACCUUCGCAAUUCCGACAAUUCUGUAUCAUCAAGGCGUAGCUUUUACACUGUAAAUGAGCACCCGAAGGAUCUGCAUAAGAAAUUAUAUUUGUUGAAGAAUUUCCGCAGAUAUAUGAACGAGUCUAUUGUAAAGAACAAUUCUUACACCUUUGUCGACGUCGAAAGGACCCAUAACAUGGAGUUCGUGACGAAAUUCAAACGGACACCGCAUGCGAUCCUAUUUAGAUUAAGUAAUCGUCUGAUACAGGUAAAUUUCUUUGAUCAUGAGAAAAUUGUAUUGUCGGACGAAGGACGAGUUAUAACCCAUAUCAACGAAGAGAGCGGAAUCAAUACCUAUGCCGUCUCCGAAGUACUAGGUGGAAAUCACUCGACUAUAAUGGCUCGACUAAAGUAUGUGAGAGACGUUUUAAAGAAAAUCGUAGAAGCUGGUCAUAAGAAUGUCGACAAAUAA